GAAAAAGAGCGGCCAUGUUGAAUUGCCAAGAGGAGACACAAUAGAAAAAGACGUGUAUUUGAAAAGAAUUAAAUAAAUAAAACCGUAUAAUUUAUGGUUAGUUGUAAGAACAACUGAAAAGAAAAUAUAAUUUACCAGGACAAGAGAUUUUCAGAGAUUGGAGUUUUGGGCUAAUUGCCGUAGAAGUGACCGUAAGUUUGCAGCUCCCCCAUCCACAGACUUGGAGGACCGGGAGGACAUUUGAGAGGCAUCGAUCAAGAGAAUAGGAGAAGACACUGACAAACCGAGGUCAAAAGGGACCGUACUGAGACCGUAGUUUUCUUUCAGACCACUGGUGGUUUAUGCUGUGCAUUUUUUUCUAGCAAGAACUUGAUCAAUAUUGUACAAGAACGAUAAGUGUAAUACGUGAACCAGUAAAUGCAGGAAGCUAAUUUACAAAAGUAUAAAAGAGAAAGGAAAAAUAACAAAAAAAAACGUUUGAGCUUUUGAGUUUUAAAAAUAUUUCCAGUAACUGUUUCUUCAGUUCAAAUUGCCUUAGUAGUUCUAAUCUAGGACUUACUUUACAACCAUACACGCUCAAGAUAUAAUUUUCUAUAUUGUGUGCGGGUAUAUAAUAUUUAUUUUUAUAAAUUGUCAUUUCUCUUCUUUUGGAAGAGCUGUUGUGAUAGAUCUUUAUUCAUAUGUACAGUGCUCCUUUAUUUUCAAGAGGUCUGCGCUGUACGGACCAGUUUGUAUAUAUCAGAGAAUUAUGAAGUUCUAACAUUUUUGGAAAAAACAAAUUGAGAUUACGUUUACAUCGAAGAGCAAUACAAUCAUUGAAAUAAAAUAGAGGAAAACCUGUCAAGGGAAAUUUAAUCUCAACUCCUCAAGUAGUUAAUAGGUCAGGGAAACGACUUAUGAGAAAUGGCUACCGCAAGAACAGAGAACCUUGCAUCUGUGGUCGUGGGACUGAACAAGCAGAACGGGCAAAUGAGGGGGCAGCCCAAACCAGCUUCCCCUCAGUCAGGACCCUUAGCACUGGGCUCACAGCCAGGGAAGGCUGCAAGUGCUCCUCCAAAAGAAGGCAGUGGGCCACAAGAUGGUGGCGGCAUCAGGUUUGGGGAUGACUGGAAGAAAAACCUGCAGCUGCCACCUAAAGACACCAGAAUGAGAACCUCGGAUGUGACCGCUACGAAGGGAAAUGAGUUUGAAGACUACUGUUUGAAGCGGGAGCUCCUGAUGGGCAUCUUCGAGAUGGGCUGGGAGAAGCCCUCCCCCAUCCAGGAGGAGAGCAUUCCCAUCGCUCUGUCUGGCCGGGACAUUUUGGCCCGGGCCAAAAACGGCACAGGGAAGAGUGGUGCCUACCUCAUCCCCUUACUGGAGAGGAUAGACCUGAAGAAGGACUUUAUACAGGCCAUGGUGAUGGUGCCCACUCGUGAGCUGGCCCUGCAGGUCAGCCAGAUCAGCAUCCAGGUCAGCAAGCACCUGGGCGGAGUCAAGGUGAUGGCCACCACCGGAGGCACCAACCUGAGGGAUGACAUCAUGCGGCUGGACGAGACCGUGCACGUGGUCAUCGCCACCCCCGGCAGGAUUCUGGACCUGAUGAAGAAGGGCGUGGCCAAAGUGGACCGGGUGCAGAUGAUGGUGAUGGAUGAGGCCGAUAAGCUGCUGUCCCAGGACUUUGUGGUCCUGAUCGAGGACAUCAUCAGCUUCCUGCCCAAGAAGCGGCAGAUCCUGCUGUACUCGGCCACCUUCCCCGUCACCGUGCAGAAGUUCAUGGCCAAGCACCUCCAGAAGCCCUAUGAGAUUAACCUGAUGGACGAGCUGACUCUGAAGGGCAUCACGCAGUACUACGCCUACGUCACAGAGAGGCAGAAAGUGCACUGUCUCAACACGCUCUUCUCCAGGUUGCAGAUCAACCAGUCCAUCAUUUUCUGUAACUCCACCCAGAGGGUGGAGCUCCUGGCCAAGAAGAUCACUCAGCUGGGCUACUCCUGCUUCUACAUCCACGCCAAGAUGAUGCAGGAGUACAGGAACCGUGUGUUCCACGACUUCAGGAACGGGCUGUGCAGGAACCUCGUGAGCACAGAUCUGUUCACCAGAGGCAUUGACAUCCAGGCUGUGAAUGUGGUCAUCAACUUUGACUUUCCCAAGAAUGCGGAGACCUACCUGCAUCGCAUUGGCAGAUCAGGGAGGUUUGGCCACCUGGGUCUGGCCAUUAACCUCAUCACCUCGGAGGACCGCUUCAACCUGAAGGCCAUCGAGGACCAGCUGGUGACCGACAUCAAGCCCAUCCCCGGCAGCAUCGAUAAGAGCCUGUACGUGGCCGAGUUCCACUCCGCCGACCCCGACGCAGAGGCUGAGGAGGGGGAGCCCGAGGCUGACCACAAGGCCCCGGAGCCUCUGGAGUCCUGACCGCCCACGGAGACCCACAGGCCUGACACCAGCUCCCACCCUCACCCCCUCCUCCUGGACCAGAGCCUCUGGAGUCCUGACCGCCCAGGGAGACCCACAGGCCUGACACCAGCUCCCACCCUCACCCCCUCCUCCUGGACCAGAGCCUCUGGAGUCCUGACCACCCGGUGAGACACACAGGCCUGACACCAGCUCCCACCCUGAUCCCCAUCUCCCCCCUCCCCCAACCCACCCAUGGACCAGAGCCUCUGGAGUCCUGACCGCCCAGGGAGACAUACAGGCCUGACACCAGCUCCCACCCUGACCCCCAUCACCCCUCUCCUGUGGACCGGAGCCUCUGGAGUCCUGGCCACCCGGUGAGACACACAGGCCUGACCCCCUCCUCACACCCCUGGCCCCCUCCUCACACCCCCCUCCCCAUGGACCGGAGGCCAAGUCUCCACAGGCAGCAUAAAAAAACUCACACAUACAGGCCAAAAUCACUUUGUCGAGCACAGAGCUUAACGCAGCCCAUGGACUUCUUUUUAUUUUGCGGAGUGAUAGAGACUGAGAGCAUCCCCACAAGAAACAAAACGGACAUUUCGCUUGGAAAGGUCAGAGAAAAAGACCAAGGCUACUUGGGUGAAAUACAGCGACCAAACUGUUUCGUGGAGCGGAAGGGGCGUGAGGGACAGACUGACGCCCCCAGAAAUGGAGACUAUCUUGGUGCAGGCAGCCAUUUUGUGAUAUCUGUUCCUAACUCCAGCCAUUCGUUUUCCAGGAAAACAGGACAACACCAGCUUUUGCACAAAGUUCUGCAUUUGCACUCAGACGUCAGGCUCUUUCACAUUGAACCAUCUCGCUUUAACUGUGUUUCUGUCUCGAAUCAUAUUAUGUUUUACUUGAGUAAAGUUGCCAGUUGAAUCAGUAAAACAGUCCAACAGAAAUGUUUUGCGCCCCCCACCCCCAUGCUGUACCACUUUGUUUUAGCUGCCGAUUUGAACCGUCAGCCAAGUUGCCGACCCAACCAGCCAACUCAUCUUAGAGGCCAUCCCUUAUGUAUGCAUGAAAUAUAUAUUUUUUUAUUAGCCCCAUUCAUGUCACACUUCCUUUGUGAUGAGGCCUGAAUCGGCAAGCGUAGACGUGCGAGGUGACUACCUUUUUAAAGUCCGCAGACCCACUCCACUCACGUGAAGUCUUGAAGUCAGUCCAUUGCCAGACAUGGUUGAGCUGAAAGGACUGUAGACCGAUAAACCUUGGUCCUUUGUUCAGCCACAAUGCACAAGUUCCUCAAGGUGACUUGGCGACGUGCAUUGAACCAACCGCAGACCAGAUGCUCCCAGCUUGAAAUUGGCUUCAAAUGUGAAUUGCUGUGUUUAAAAUCAUGCAAUGCGUGGUUGAAGCUCCCGUAGUCAGAAAAUGCACGUGUCCCACGUGAGCUUUUUUUUGCAGUUUGGGGCCACCUCUGCUUCCCGUGCUCGGUAACUGAAGGGAACGCAGUCUCGGAGGCGAAGGCUGACACAGGAAUGUCUCACACUGGUCCUCGGGGACCGUGUUUGACCUCGAGGCUUCGAUCCAAGGCUUAGCCUCCCGCACCACCUAUUUCACAAGCCUGACCAGCCUUGUGUACAUUACACAACUUCAUCUCUCACUCUCGCUGUCUCACAUAAGUGCCUUAAUUACUCUCCAUACACACACACACACACACACAUAUGACGAGGGCAGUGAUUACACGAGACCUGUGCUAGGUGGCAGCCAGGUUCUAGUCCUCGGUCCAUAUUACGGCCGGUCAGUCCCUGGUCAUUUUCGUCUCGUCUUCCAAACAUUUUGGGUGACGCAUCUCAGCGCUCACGCACUCGCUGACUUAUCUAGUUCAUUUUAAUGUCUGUUAGGUUGUAGGUUUGGCAUGGAAUACCUCUUAAGGUUAAUGACUGAGCACUAGCUGUGAAGGGUUCUGUUGAAAUAUUGCAAUACCGGGCCACUUCACUUGGCCCUUUGCUCUUGGCUUUUCAGGUAUUUUCAGGUGUUUAUGCAGUAGACCCAGAGUAAUUUGGCCAUGUUAAAGAGAAGUGUGUUGUUUUUUUAAUGACACGUAACCACAGUGUGGGAUGAGGGCUGAGAAGUGCACUGUGGAAUCAAGCUGGUUGAGCUGGUCUUCACAUCAGUACAGCAGCACACAAGGUAGAAUGUAGGCGGGACAGUACACAGACAACAGAGGUGAACUAGAUGUGAAGCACCUGUGUGCCGUGCACUGGUGAUACGGGACACGGAGACUUACAAAAUGGCUGCCGUUUCAUGGAGGCAUCUAUAUGGCAGCACAAGCAGAUUUCAACAAAAGCUGGUUUGGGGGGGUGAGGGGCAGUAACUCGUACUCAUGUUAAAACCUUUCACAUGUAAUGAUAUAGGGAGUGGGGUCAUGAGAAAAGCAGGGCAAUUUGGAUGCAGUGACAUUUAUACCCCCCCCCCCCCCCAUUUUCUUUUACUUGCAAAACAUAGAAGUUGGACUCCUUUCCAACACACCCUGUUGGUUUGUUUUGUUCUGUGCGAACAGAUCUUCCUGGUUUUCACUGGAAUGUAAUCUGUGAGAGCUUGCUGUAACUGCUUCAACUGAACUGAACUGCAAGGCGCAGACAUUUAACUGUGUGACUAUCUAAAGCCCGCAAGUCAAAUGGAAGACUGUUCCACAGGCCACAGAUUUGUGGAACUUCAGUCUCUGAUGUUGUAGCUUAUUAUGGCCCUACUGAGCUGCACAGUGUUUGCUUUGCAGGGCCUGAAUGCAGACAUGUACAGUGUAUUUGUAUAUAAUAUAUAUUUUUGUUUGUAAUUUUUUUUUUUUUUUUUUUUUUUUUUUUGUAGAAACCAAAACAUUUAUCAUCCGUUUUUACUGUUCAUCGUACUUUCAGUUUUCCUUUUCAAGAGAGACGGGGAGAAUUGAAACGUACAGUUGCAACUUCAGGAAAAAAAAAAAAAGAGAAAAAAAAGGAGGUAAAUCUUUAAAUCGUAGCAUAUCUUAAAACUGGCAGCUGUGAUUUCCCUCCAAAGAAAUGUAUUGCAAAUGAAAAAGACAAACAAUCAAACUUAAGAUGUUGCUUUGCCUAAAGAGGACAUUUUCUUGAAUCUUAUUUGUGAAGCAGCAGGUUGGGGAAAGGGUAGAAUUUGGUGUUGAUUCUGAUAAACCAGGGUUGUCCCUCUUUUUGGUUCUUGCAGGCCUACAGUAUAAACAAGGCUUCAGUCACAUAUUUAAUAUAGUUAUGAAAAAAAGACCACCGGGAUCUGGCCACUGGCAGCCAGCCUGCAUAAAUGGGUCAUAAAGCCUUUUCAAAAAGGUUUUCAAACUUGGUACAAACUGCAGUAGCGGAAUAGAGGCAGUUGGAAAACUUUUUGUUUUUAGUCUAUAGUCUGUUGUUAAACUCCCUGUGCAAAAUUAGUUUUAAGUGUCCUUUUUAUAGUAUAGCUGUAAGUGAAUGUGUAUGUAAAAAAAGAAAGAAAAAAAAAAAAAGUAAAAGAAAAGUCCAAAUUCAAAGGCCACAAGCUGUGUGUCAGCUUUGAUCAAAUCAGCAGGUAUUCAUUUCUGUGCAAAUAAUUUUUAAAAGCCUGGCCUUCUGUAUCUAGAGCUAUGUUUUUUAUGCAUUGGACCAAUCGGUAUUGCUGUAUGUGCUUUUUUUGGUUGAUGGGGUUUGAGAUUGGGCUAGUUGUGGACAUAAUAAUGUGCGUCAUGAGACCCCUGCAUUAACAUAAUGGCUAACAUCCUUUAUAGUUCUGACAAAAUGGUAGGCUAUAUUUCACAUACUCUUUUGUGACUUUUUCCCAUUUUGAGUGCAAAACCAGGAUUUGACCUUCGAAUUAACAUUGCUGCACAGGGAAUUUAAUAAUAUCUGAGGAUUUUUUUUUUUAUAUAUAAAAAAAGAAAGAAAAAAGACCAAAAAAAACUGUACAUAUGGGGGAGCCCAGGGGGUGGUGGGAGCGGGGUGAGGUAGACGAGGAACUGCUCUGUCAUUUAUGUACAUAUGUGCUUGAUUUCGCUUCUGAUUACCUGAGUAUUUUGUGGGGUGGUGGGAGGUUGAGGAUUUUAGGUUUUUUCAGUGCUAAUUUCAGGAUUCAGAUUGAAGAGAAAACAACCAAAUAGCGCGCCGGUCUGUGUGACAGCGUCAGUGGCUGUGUGCGUCGGAGGCUUUCCGGCUUUUUGAUUGUGAACUCGUGAGCGAGUGUGCGAGCGAGUGUGCGAGUGUGCGAGCGAGUGUGCGAGCGAGCGAGUGUGCGAGCGAGUGAGUGUGCGAGCGAGUGAGUGUGCGAGCGAGUGAGUGUGCGAGCGAGUGAGUGUGCGAGCGAGUGUGCGAGUGUGCGAGCGAGUGUGCGAGUGUGCGAGCGAGUGUGCGAGCGAGUGUGAGUGUGCGAGCGAGUGAGUGUGCGAGCGAGUGAGUGUGCACUUGCGCAUGUCGGCCUGCCUGCAUGCAUCUUUUGUUCUGCGGAGUUAAGUGUCAACGGGAAUAGUUGCACAUGUAAAUGUGAUUGGUGUAUUUGGGGGCUUGCAAUGAUUGGGACUUUUGAAUUUUUGGGGGGUGAAAUGUAUCUUAAAAUGCAAGAGGUUCAAGGGGAUGGGUACAGGGCUGAGGUGGGAAAUUCUCUUAAGACAUUGAGAUGAAACUAAAGUGAAAUAUUAUGGUAAUUAGGAGUUCAAGGGCCUUUGUGUGUCCAGGGUAUGGGGGGGAAAUUGAGUGCAUUGUGAAAGGUUUGUAACACCAGCAGAAAAUCUGUUAACCGAUCCAGAACAUAAACAACAUACUAUGAAUAUAAACACGUGGUUCAAUUGCUCUGCUAAUUCUUUUUUUUUUUUUCUUUCUUUUUUUUUUACUUUUAGACCCCUCCCCCCCCCCAUUUUAAGUCCCCUAUUUUCAGUGUUUGUAGGAAAUGUAUGUGAAUGUCCACUUGGCCAAGGCCUGCUGUACAGCGUGUGCAUUUUCUGCUCUGACCCAGCUCUGAACGGAGUGUUAAAAACUGCUCAGAGUUCAAAGUGGAGGGGCUCUGUGGCAAAGGUGACGUUUCUGAUUCCUCAAAACAAUGCUCAAAUCCAGUCUGAGUAGCAAUGUCCAUUAGAAGAUUCUGGAUAACUUGAUAAAAGGCCAUUGCGUUUUAUUUGAAUGAAAUCAGUGUGAGGCCCUACAAAAAUGCACAAUAAAUUUUUGUUUCAAAUAAAAAUAAAAAAAAGUAAAGAAUUUUACAAAUCAUUUCAGGAUUCAUUUGUGUUCCAUGUAUUGUCCUUGAGAAUGUACAAACCUUGACUGGUUGUGUUCUGUUUACCGUUUUUUUUUUUCUUUCUUCAAAUCUGUGCAACUCCUUGCGACUUGACCGAUGUAGAGACUUGUAAUGCCAUGUUUGACAUCCAUCAAGAAUGUUUAAUUUUGAAACGUAUGAUUUUCCUUGUAAUUCUCCAGAACCAGUGGGCUGUCUACAACUCUAAUCCUGGCCUAAACUUUUUAUUUUAAACCAAUGCUUAAAUGAGAUCCAUUGGAUUGACAAGUUUAAUAAAAAGAAAUCUGAACUGA